AUGGGUGCCACCCGCAGCAACUCCAAGCAGACCCUGGGGCUCCUCUUGCAACUGGUGUGCUCCUGCUUCGGCAUCAGCUCCAUGGACAUCGACCGCCCGGGGGACGGGAGGUGCCAGCCCAUCGAGAUCCCCAUGUGCAAGGACAUUGGCUACAACAUGACCCGGAUGCCCAACCUGAUGGGCCACGAGGACCAGAGAGAGGCGGCCAUCCAGCUGCAUGAGUUCGCCCCCCUGGUGGAGUACGGGUGCCACAGCCACCUGAAGUUCUUCCUCUGCUCCCUCUACGCCCCCAUGUGCACCGAGCAGGUCUCUACCCCCAUCCCAGCCUGCCGGGUGAUGUGCGAGCAGGCCCGGCUAAAGUGCUCGCCCAUCAUGGAGCAGUUCACCUUCAAGUGGCCCGACUCCUUGGACUGCAGCAAGCUGCCCAACAAGAACGACCCCAACUACUUGUGCAUGGAGGCGCCCAACAAUGGGUCGGAGGAACCGCCGCGGGGUUCCAGCAUGUUGCCACCCAUGUUCCGGCCCCAGAGACCCCAAAGCACGAGUCACGACCUGCAGCAGCCCAAGGAUGGGCUCAGCCGGGCUGCCUGCGAGAACCCCGGCAAGUUCCACCACGUGGAGAAAAGCGCAUCUUGUGCCCCGCUUUGUGCGCCCGGGGUUGACGUCUACUGGAGCCGGGAGGACAAGCAGUUUGCCGUCAUCUGGAUCGCCGUUUGGUCCGUCCUCUGCUUCUUCUCCAGCACCUUCACUGUCCUGACUUUCCUGAUAGACCCCCAGCGCUUCAAGUACCCCGAGAGGCCCAUCAUCUUCCUCUCCAUGUGCUAUUGCGUCUACUCAGUGGGGUACAUAAUCCGCCUCUUUUCGGGGGCUGAGAGCAUCGCCUGCGACCGAGACAGUGGCCAACUCUAUGUCAUCCAAGAAGGCCUGGAGAGUACUGGUUGCACUCUGGUCUUUCUCGUCCUGUAUUAUUUUGGCAUGGCCAGCUCCUUGUGGUGGGUGAUCUUGACUUUAACUUGGUUUCUGGCGGCUGGGAAGAAAUGGGGCCAUGAAGCCAUCGAGGCCAACAGUAGCUACUUCCACUUGGCUGCCUGGGCCAUCCCGGCGGUGAAGACCAUCAUGAUCUUGGUGAUGCGGAGGGUAGCCGGGGAUGAGCUGACGGGCUUAUGCUAUGUGGGUAGCAUGGAUGUGAUUGCGUUGACCGGGUUUGUCCUGGUCCCCUUGGCUUGCUAUCUGAUCAUAGGGACCUCUUUCAUCCUAUCUGGUUUUGUGGCCCUUUUCCAUAUCAGGAGGGUGAUGAAAACUGGUGGGGAAAACACUGACAAGCUGGAGAAGCUCAUGGUCAGGAUUGGGGUCUUCUCCGUCUUGUACACGGUGCCGGCCACUUGCGUCAUAGCUUGCUAUUUUUACGAGAGGUUGAACAUGGAGUACUGGAAGGUCCUGGCCGUUCAACAGAAGUGUAAGAUGAACAACCAGACGAAACAUCUGGACUGUGCCAUGAGUGACUCUAUCCCAGCCAUAGAGAUUUUCAUGGUCAAAGUGUUCAUGUUGCUGGUGGUGGGCAUUACUAGUGGCAUGUGGAUCUGGACCUCCAAAACGCUCCAGUCCUGGCAGAGUGUUUGCAGUCGGAGGCUAAAGAAGAGGACGCGGAGAAAGCCCGCCAGUGUGAUUGCGAGUAGUGGACUUUAUAAAAAGCCCCAACAUCUGCCCAAAGUCCACCAUGCAAAAUAUGAGUCCGCUCUACAACCCCCCACCUGCGUGUGAGCAGAAUGUAUAAUUUAAUUGCGUAACUCACGUAGAGAUACUCAUGAGUGCUCACCA